AUGUUCGAAUAUGAACGAGUUAAAUCUACCAUAUCUGCUUGUACUAAAAAAAUUCAUGGACAAGAUGGCAUGAUCGAAGACGUUCAUUUGUAUUUAAGAAAUUUGAGAGGUUCUGCAGCCUAUUGGAGAGGGGCUUUAAAUGAACUCGUAGCCCAGAUUAAAUGUCUGGGGCCACCAACUUACUUUGUCACCUUCAGCUGUAAUGAUUUGCAUUGGACUGACAUGAAAAAGGCGUUGUUGAUUGUCGACGAUCGCUCCGACGAAGAUCCAAAUGACUUGGACAUUAUAUCGACACAGCGCCUUAUAGAACAAUAUCCAGUGAUUGUUAGUCGUCAUUUUAUGGUCAGAGUAAAUGCUCUCAUGAAGUUAAUCCUCCGCAACAAUAAAAUCUUGGGUGGCAAAGUAAAUGACUUCUGGUGGCGCGUUGAGUUCCAAAAUCGUGGCAGUCCCCAUCUGCACAUGAUUAUUUGGAUUGAAAAUCAUCCUUCGUUCGAAACACCUGAAGGAAUCCUAAAACUUGACGAAGUUCUGACCUGUGAAUUACCCCCCGUUCACGAUGAACUUUAUGAGAUCGUCAAAAAGUGCCAAAUACAUCAUCAUACGCAUACGUGUGAGAAAAAUAACUCUGAUACCUGCCGAUUCAACUUUCCCAGAAAAGUUUGCACUGAAACACGCAUCAUCGCUCAUACAUCAGAUGAGUUCAUUCGUAACGGUGGAAGAAUUUGCCUCUUGAAACGCCGACCCAAAGAGAGUUAUGUGAAUAACUAUAAUAAGUCACUUCUUUUGAUAUGGAAGGGCAACAUGGAUAUUCAACCAUGUGGCUCUAAUGAAUCUAUAGCAUAUUACGUCGCUAAGUACAUAUCCAAGUCCGAACCCACACAGUUAAAUUCCAGCAUUGCACAGGCGAUUCAACAAAUCCGCCCAGAUGAGACAAAUAUUUCUCGCAAAUUUUUCAAAAUAUGUAUGCGUCUAAUGAGUGAGCGACAAGUUUCGGCAUGCGAGUGUGUUUUUAGACUCUGCCAUUUAAAUUUACGAGACAGUUCAAGACAAUGUGUUUUCCUCAACACCAGAAAACCCGAGCAAAGAUACAGAGUAUUAAAAUUCAACGAAGCGGGAGAUAACACCGGACUGUGCGCAAACAUCUUUGAUAGAUACGAAAAAAGACCUCUGGAGCAUCAAAAUUUCAACUUUGCGAACAUGACCUUGAUGGAAUUCGCCAUGAAAUUUAAACCAUAUUACGCGAAACCACAAAGCAAAGAAUUUGUUGAGGAGAGUAUUGACAUUGACGUUUAUAAUGAUAAUGUUCCCCAUAAGAGAAAAAAAAAAGAAUUGAUUACUUUGAUGGACAAUUGUAAAAUAGAAAUAAGAAAUGUAACUGCUGUUGUAAGAGUUCCAUACUUCGUUGCCUCCACUGAUCCGGAGAAUUUUUACUAUAGUCUUCUUCUGCAAUACAUGCCCUACCGCUCGGAGCAAGAACUACUUGAAGGAUUUAAUUCUUCAAAAGAAGCCUUUCUUGCUCGAGAAGAGGCUUUAAAAAGAAACAGCGAGCAAAUGGAAGAAUAUCGAGAACGAGAUAGACAACUGGAGAAUGCCUUUAACCAAGCUCACGCAUUCGAAAUACUCGAUGCAGAACCGCUUGAAUUGCAGGAAGACGUUGACGAAGAAGUUUUGGAACAACAAAUAAUGGACGACAUUCAAUUUCAAAAUGCAGUCCAAGCAAUGAACUUGCGUCAAAAAGACAUAUUCAAGUACAUUACAUCAAGUAUUCAAGACCAAUUGGGUGGCAGCCAACACCGAGAAAGACUUUUCAUCACUGGCCAAGCUGGCACUGGAAAAACAUUUCUUUUCAAUCUACUGAAAAAUCAAGUCAACCGAUGUUACGCCAAGCCAGUAGUCAAAGUAUGUGCUUUAACAGGUGUAGCUGCACGAUUGGUUGGAGGAUCCACAUUACACAACUCGUUGAAAUUACCAGUUCAAAAAGAUGGUCGUAUUGUGGAAAUGCCUUUACUAACUGGAAUAUUUCUCCAAACUAUGCGUCGACUUUGGACAGACAUUGAAUUCUUCUUCAUUGAUGAAAUAUCCAUGGUACCGUACGAGAUGCUAAGCAUGAUUGACUCGCGUUUGAGGCAAUUAAAGAACACUGACAAUUUUUUUGGAGGCCUUAACAUUCUAGUAUUUGGUGAUCUAAUGCAGCUUCCACCUGUGAGAGGAAGACAAAUAUUCCAACAGCCCGAGCACAUGAUUCCUGCUACUGACUUAUGGAAACUUUUUUCUUUGGUAGAAUUGGUGGACAAUAUGAGACAGCAAGGAGACAUGUUGUUCGUUGACCUCUUAAAUGCUCUUAGAAUUGGUGAACUCUCGGAUCAGCAUAUGGCUGUUUUACUUGAGAGAGAAAGUUCUGAUAUGGAUGGAGAGUUUUCCAUUGAAAGAGCCUUAAGAAUCUACCCAACUAACAAGCAGGUAGAUGAACAUAACAAUCGAGUUCUCCAGUAUUUCAGGAGCAAAAAUACUAGUAUCUACAAAAUUCGUGCCCAAGAUCAACUAAUCGAUGCAACAAAAAAACUCAACGAAAAUACAAGUAUCGAUAGCAUCAUUUCAAAAGACAUUAACAAGACCGGAGGUUUACCGCGAGAAUUAGAAAUUUUCGUAGGAGCUAAGGUUACGUUAAGAGCCAAUAUUGACGUCACCAAAGGUCUUGUUAAUGGAGCUAUAGGAUUUGUAAAAGAGAUUGUUUGGCCAUAUUUUCGCAGAGCUCAAGUGUAUGCCGAGGACAUACCAUCUGUUCUCAUCAAUUUCGGUAAAGACGGCAUACACAAAAUCGAGCCGAAAUCCAUUCAAUUUCCAGCUUUAUACAGUUAUGGAACUGCCGAAAGGCGAAUGUUGCCGUUGAUUUUGUCGUGGGCUUCAACUGUACAUAAAAUGCAGGGAAGUACUGUGGACUAUGCAGUUGUCUAUCUUGGAAAUAAACUAUUUGCUGAAGGACAAGCGUACGUAAGCUUGAGCAGAGUAAGAUCUCUUGCUGGACUCCGGAUAGAAGAGCUCGACUGCACAAAAUUAACUGGCAAGAAGCCUUGCAAUAAUGAUGCUCUUGUGGAAAUGGAGAGAAUGCGGAGGUACAGUGAAAAUGAUGAAAGAAUACGAAAUAGUACUGUCAAAAAUGGUUUAAUUUUCAAUGUGGACUAG